AUGUCCGGGCGUUCCCCCAGAGGCAAGGCGGCGGCGCCGGCACCGGCACAGCCGCCUGUUCCGGUGCAGCUGACACAUUUAGUUCCGGUGCGAGUCGUCAGCGUGCACGGCGAUUUUUUCGACACGGAGCUGCACCAAGACGCCCCCAUGCGCAUCCUGCAGCGGGCGGCGGAGGACUGCUUCAAGGUGCGUCCCGAGCUGCAGCUGCUCACGCACAACCGUCAGCAGAUCAAUCCGAACCUCUCGCUGCGGCGAAACGGCUGCUUGCUGCUCAAGGGGGAUCCCUACGUGAAGAUUUUGCUCGACAUUAAGAAGGGCAAAACGUUGAACAUUGUCUGCCAGAUGCCGCCCCACGAGCCCGUCCCACUGGCAUGCGAGGCCGCUGGCACGGUCUGGGAGGUAAAGAAAAAGUUUUGCACUGCCCUCUCCAAGGCGGAGGUGACGCCCCAGCGCAUACGCCUGCUUUGGCGGUACUGGGAACUCAACGACAAGGCGACGCUAGAUUACUACCACCUUCCUACCAAUGCAAAACUUUCCGUGAUGCGGAAACGCGGUUUUGUAGCAACAUCGCAGCCGCAGCGGUCUAGGCGUGCGGCGGGCUUCGCUGUGGUGGAGGCGGGUGGGGGUUUUGGAGCGACGGCGGUGGAAGCUAAAACAGCGUCGCCGCAUCCGCCCGCUGCUGGGAUAGAGAAAAUGCAGGAGCGCACGAUGGCAGGGCCAGCGGUGUCCAUCUCGCCGUGGCCAGCGCUUCCGCGGCAGUUCGGACACGCCGUGAUUCCGCUAGAUCCGGCAGUGGGCGAUCUUGCGGCGCGUUCUCUGGCGAAUGAGGCGGGGCCGCGUCCCGAGAAGGGCGCGGAGUUAGCGAGCAUUGCGUCUGCAUCGGGCAUGCUGGAAGACACCCAGCGGAAGCAGGAGCUCGCCUCGCUCGAAUGCCGCGUCGCGACAACAGACGACGACCGUGCGGGAUACGAAUUGCUCGAAGAGUCGUAUCGGGCAACGCUGGGGCGUGUGGCCGAAUUAGAGGCCACCAUGGGACGCUUUCAGCAUCUGCUGAAGAAGACGCUCGCUUUGAUGUGA